GAGAGAGACUCAGUGUUUGACUGAUAAAGAAUUCAUUUCCUGAAAUUCUGCUGAAUCCAUUUGCUGCAGUCCUGCAGACGGAAACUCACAGUUCCUUGCGGAUUUUACAUUGGGUUGAGAACCAGCCAUGACCAUGAGAAGCUUGUCGUACGACCACAGCCACUAUGCUGCAUCUUUUAAUGUGUUUCUCAAGAAAUCAACAGAGCAUCAGUGCAUGCAGGAAUUCAUUCAGAAGAAGCUGCCGGGCAUAAUAUCAAGUGUUGGCCAUGAAAAAUCUUCCAUCAAUGUUCUAAGUGUUGGUGGUGGAGCAGGAGAAAUUGACCUCCAGAUUCUCACAAAGCUACAAGAUAAAUAUCCUGGCAUUAUUAUUCAUAAUGAUGUGAUAGAACCAAACUCUGAGCAAAUCAUGAAAUACAAAGAAAAUGCUGCAAAGACAUCAAACCUCGAGAACAUAAAGUUUACUUGGCACAAGGAGACUUCUUCAGAAUUUGAAAGUCGAAUGAAGACAAGCAAAGAGAUGAGGAAGUGGAAUUUCAUUCACAUGAUUCAGAUGCUGUAUUAUGUAGAUGACGUCUCAGCUACCAUUAGGUUCUUUCACAGCCUCCUGGAACCUGGGGCCAAACUCCUCAUUGUUCAUGUUUCAGGAACCAGUGGAUGGGCCAAGCUUUGGAAGAAAUUAAGUCCUCGUUUACCUGUGGUUGAUCGUUGUGCAUAUGUUUCAUCUGCUGACAUCAAACAGCUACUUGAUGGGGCUGGUCUGAAAUACCAGUCCUAUGAGCUUCCGUCAGUUAUGGACAUCACUGAUUGCUUUACUGAAGGAAACAAAGAUGGGGAGUUGCUGCUUGAUUUUUUGACGGAGACGAAUAAUUUUGUUGAAACCGCCCCUCUUGACCUAAAAGAUGAAAUUAUCAAAGACCUUAAAAGUCCUGAAUUGAGUGAAAAGAGAAAUGGCAAAUUUUUGUUUAAUAAUACCCUAAGUGCCAUAGUGAUUGAAUCCUGAAUAGAUUCCUCUGAAUUUCUCAGAGACAGAACCACUUAAUGAACUGAUGAUGUUAAAACAUUUUAAAUAUGUUAUUAAUUAUUAAGUGAGACUUGGAACAAAGAGGCAGAUAAUAGAGCCGUUUGUGGCUGCUGUUCUAACUGCCUAAUAGUUUUGUUAUACAUUUACAAUACUGCAUAUGAAUACUUUAAUAGAUUAAAACACGACUUCCAGAGUUGCACAUCA